UCCGUUACGCAUUCAUUCAUUGACAAAACACCUAGCUGGAAGGUUGUGUUUUAUCCGUGACGCCGUCCAAAUCGUACUCGCAAAGCUAGGAAAAACAGUCUUCUGAAGAAUUGAUUGACCUUUGACCAGUGGAUCCCGAUUCAACAAAAUGGGCAAUAAAUCGUCACUGUUGCUGUGCGAAGAAGAGAUCGCGCAAAUUCACGAAGAAACGGGAUUCACCCCCAACCAAAUCGAACGUCUGUACUCCCGCUUCACCUCACUGGAUCGUAACGACUGUGGCACUCUAUCGCGGGAGGAUUUUUUGCGUAUUCCAGAACUAGCCAUCAAUCCGCUGUGCGAGCGGAUCGUACAUUCCUUUUUUGCAGACAGCAAUGACGAUCGGGUUAAUUUCCGUCAGUUUACUCGCGUUCUGGCUCAUUUCCGGCCAAUCAAGCCGAGCAAGGAGAACAAACUGAACAGCCGGGAGGAAAAGUUGAGGUUUGCCUUUAAAAUGUAUGACUUGGAUGACGACGAUACGAUCUCACGGGACGAGCUGCUGAGCAUCUUGCAGAUGAUGGUCGGAGCCAACAUCAGCCAGGAUCAGCUGAAUAGUAUCGCUGAGCGGACGAUCGUCGAGGCGGAUUCGGUCGGACAGGGCAAGAUUACAUUUGAGGACUUUUGUCGGGCCCUCGAGCGUACCGAAGUCGAGCAAAAGAUGUCGAUCCGUUUUCUCAACUGAAGUCGAAGCUCGUGGUGUGAUUGGUUUGCCAAUUUAUGGCAAUCUUAGAGCAACAGAAUGGAUUGUGCAUUUGUUUUAAUCUCUGCGGGUGUUUUGGGCCUUUAGUUCAAACUGAUGCACACGACGAGCGGAAAAACGAACGAUGUUACCGAGACGGGGAUAAUAUUCCAAUGUAAUGGUUUAUUUCAAUGUGUCUAUAGAAUGUAGCUUGUAUGGUGUAUAUAAAGGAAAUUUGAAAGUAUUGCAGUAAAACUAAUAAACAAAAUAGUGCUUGAA